CAGUUGUACCGGAAAGUGGUCGGAAAGGGAUGGCGGCUGUUUGGACGUGUCAGUUGAUGGUACAGUGAGUGGAACGGAAGGAGCUAAGGGAAUCAGUAGCGGCCUAGCUGGCUAUCUUAACUCGACCACCAUCUCUUUUCAAGGGACAAGAUGCACGCAGUCUUCGCUGUUGGCCUUGUGUUCCUUGGCUGCACCAGCAAUGUUGUGUUUCUGGAACUGUUGGUCAGGGAUUUUCCAGGAUGUGGAAACCUUGUGACAUUUGGACAGUUCCUGUUCAUAGCAUUGGAAGGUUUAAUCUUUCAAGCUCACUUUUUCACAAAGCCUCGGGCAAUCCCUUUAAGGAACUAUUUCAUCAUGGUCACCAUGUUUUUCAUCGUAAGUGUGGUUAAUAAUUAUGCCCUCAACUUCAACAUUCCAAUGCCUUUGCACAUGAUCUUCAGAUCAGGCUCUCUGAUAGCCAGCAUGGUAUUGGGAAUUAUAGUUUUAAAGAAAAGAUACACCAUUGCGAAGUACAUUUCAGUGGCUCUGGUUUCUUUGGGAAUUUUUAUCUGUACAUUCAUGUCUGCAAAACAAGUGUCUUCGCAUACAAGUGCAUCUGCUGAAGAGAGUUACUAUGUAUUAAUACAGUGGCUGAUAGGUAUUUUAAUGCUGACUUUUGCACUCUUCAUGUCAGCUAGAAUGGGGCUUUUUCAAGAGACAUUAUAUAAGCAGUAUGGCAAACACUCGACGGAGGCAUUGUUUUAUAAUCAUUUCCUGCCAUUACCAGCUUUCCUCUUAUUUGCUUCUGACAUUUACAAUCAUGGAGUUCUCUUCAACCAAUCUGAACAGAUGGAGAUUGCACUCCUGGGAAUCACUGUACCGAUCAUGUGGUUUUACCUGAUACUCAAUGUUCUAACUCAAUACGUUUGCAUCCGUGGUGUUUUUAUUCUCACAACAGAGUGCACAUCCUUGACAGUCACACUUGUCGUGACACUUCGCAAGUUCAUCAGUCUCAUCUUCUCUAUUGUUUAUUUCAAGAACCCCUUCACCUUCUGGCACUGGAUCGGGACAGUGGUAGUUUUUAUUGGGACUCUCACUUAUGCCGAAGUUUGGAAAAUGUUUAAGCUGUUGUUCGACAGCAAGAGAAAGGAGCAAUAAAUCACUUCAACGCAGUAUAACCAGGUCCAGGCAUUCAGCCUAAACAUUCGAAGAAAAAGAAAUGACUAUCAAGAAGAAUACAUUUUUAAUUUAUUCCUUUCCUGUGAAAACUCUAUUUUUGUAAAGGUAUAAUUUGACUACUUGCAUUCCCCUAGUGAAUCUUUGGUCUGGACAUGCCAGUUCGUUCUAUCGGAUUUGAAGUUAUUGCUUAAAAAACACAUCAAGACACUUGAAGUAAUGCUUAAAAAGUACCAUAAUGAUUACUUUUUGUUCAAGUUUGGUGCUAUGACUGUUUUUAGUUAAAUAUUUUGGUUGUAAAAUUUAGCUUCGCAGCGCUGCUGAUUUCACAGCAUAGAAACUCUGAGAAAAAUAUUGGCUCGAGAUCUGAAAGCACUGAUCACCAUGAUUUGACUGAUAGUAAUGCAUUCAUGCUUGUCAUGUACUGACAAUAUGUAGUGUAGAUAGACUGCUGCCUGAUGUAACGUUUUGGUCCUGUUACUAUUAUUGCACAUCUAAAUAUGCAUUCAGUUGCCCCAAGAAUCUCACCCCAAACCUGUGCUAUUUAUGUAUCACUAUUUAGCUUUCAGGUAAGAGGGUUUACUUGUGACUAUAUUUUUGCAAUAUUGUCACUGGGGAAGUUUUAACUUUUUCAGUCAGAAGGCUGUUUAUAGAUGAGGAGGCAUUUGAACCUUCAUGGUUCAUGUUGGCCUUGAGCGUAUCACCAGAUUUUUGUUCCCCGAAAAAAAACCUCCAGCCCGUUUCUCCACAGUUCCACCUCUUUCCCUCCCACUUUCCAGACUAUCACACUGUUCUCUUGGUCUAAAUCCUGAAACAAAAUGCCAAAAAGCAACCUUCCAUGCUUACUUCAUGUAAGAAUAUUUCUAAUAAUGCAUAGAAUAUCUCAUGGUUCACCUUUGUUCUUUCCCUUGGAGUCUGGGGUCUUUGUCUGGUCCAGUGUUCCUACACGGUGCUACCUUGAUGAUAACUGCACUGCUUUCUGACAGAUGGUAGGCUGCUGAAGUACGCCAGUGGAGGGAAGACUGCAAAUGCCUUUCCAUAAUGCCCUUGAGCAGCUCUGGGAUUGAGGGCUUAUCUUCAGACUGUACCAGCUCGGCAGCAGCAGUGGCAGAAGUGCCAUUGCUGUUAUCCUGAAGCAGACAGCAGGUAUGUGCUCCACAGAGCAACUUGUAUUUCUCCAUAGUGGAAUUUCAAUAAUCUAUAGAUUUUACAGAACAAACUGUUGUCACUGUUGUGAGACCCAGCAAACCUAUUUGAGCAUUGUUUUCCCCAAUCAUGAUGCCCACAAGUAAACUCCUGUCCAAAUUCCUAUUGCAGAACUGAUCCAUUAUUUGAUUUUUGCUUGUGCUACACUAGCUCAUGCAGUGACCAUCACUUGUCCAAAAAUGUUGUCUUGAAUGGGCUGCAAGGUCUGUGCAAAUUCCUGCAUAAUGUACAACUGGAUUUCUCCACACUCUGACAGUGACAAUAAGCUCACCGACCUGCCAAACCAUCAAAUAGAGUUUCUACCCUUUCAGUCUUUUCUUUUACCCCAUUGCAGUCUCAUCUGCAGUAGAACUCAUCUGCAAUUUUGUGCUUGUCUGAAGAACCUGCUGGCCCACUUCAGAAGUAUAACUUCUUUUCCUUUGCCUGUAUUGAACUAAAGCCUCCAGUGACAUAUCCUUUUCAGUCAGAAGCUGUUUAGAGGUGAGGAGGCACUUGCUACUCCAUAGGUGCACUUCUUUCGUGCUUGGGAAGUUUUUUUCUAGUUUAUUCCAGCAUCUGAUACAGCUAGAGCAUAACUGCGUUCCAUGUUGAGUGUGUAGCCACUUAGUGUGCUUAGCAUUGGGCUGCACAUCCAAUUCAUGGAACUGAACAGACAGCAUAAAGUUACUGUGCUGACUUUAUCAGAUCCAUUGAGGGUGAGGUAAUUAUCCUUCAUGAUCUCCAUGCGCAUUAAUGGGCAUUAUUGCAUUCAAUUGCAUUUAAUCUUUGGCAAGAUUGGAUGGUGAAAGUGGAAUUAAAGUCUGGGCUUUUGGUGGAUUGGGUUAAUGGACUGAGGGUUUGGAAAGUGUGGGUGGUGGUGCGAUGGGUUAACGUGGUUUAGAUGAUGACAUGGGAUAGCAUUCAAGAUCUGGGUGAUGUGCACGUUUAUUGGAUUGAGGGUUGGGUAUUACACUUGGUGAACACACUGAGGGACGGGUCAGUGCAGUGGUCUGUAUGGCCUUCUCUUGCUCUUAAUGUUUUGGAGUUGUGGAGUCACCGUUUAUAUGAAAUGUUAAUUUAAUUAUCUAGAAUAAAUGUCAACAACAUAUACUGUGUAGUGUUUGUACAAUGUAAUGUACAAACACCGUAUAAAAUUGAUUAAUUUAGAUAGUUAAGAGGUAGAAACUUAAAUAGAAAGAAAGGAAUUUAUCUAAAAAAGAAGUGGAUAUAGAUGUUCUGUGGGAGCACCUCAUAACUAUUUUUGUGUUGAAAAUGUAUGAUAAUAAAAGUUGUGUUGCAUUCAGUGAAUCACUGAAUUUUCACGAUUCUCAAUAUUACAAAGACUUGGGAUGAAUAUCUACAUAUCUUUGUUGCAUUUCAAAGGUAAUUCAUUAUGUGAAGCUCUCCAGUGUUUACAUGAAAGGUGUUGUGUAAUUGCAACUAUUGGUUUUACACCUGUAGAGGACUGGUAUCUUCAGAAAUGCCAAUGGUUGUGAUUUUGUUAAUAGAAAAAUCAUUGCUCACUUCCUUUGCUCCCGGCCUCCCUUAUCCCAGUGAAACUUGUUUUCAUUUAAUUAUCUGCAAAAUCAGUAACCAAAGACCAUCACCAAGACUCUGUUUUCCAGCAAUGUUGCUAUGAUUUAUACAGUUUAAAACUUCUGCCUGCAGACAUCCAUUUUGUGUGCCUCUCUGCCUUCAUAAACUGCUUCGUGGGAGGUAUUCCUAAUGUAUGAUGUCAAAUCAAGUUAUCCGCUAUCUGUCUCUGGCAUAAAAUAGUUAUGAAGAACAACUUAAAACUGAGUGGUUAAAAAAGAUGUUUUGCCUUAAUAGCAAAUGAAUCUGUGUGAUAUAUCAUUGGAUAAACCUUUGUCUUGAUGAGGCUGCUAUUACGCCUAUCUCCUUGUCUGAAGUUCAAUGGUAUGUAAUGUAUUGAACAGCCUACUUUUUUGAGCUCAGUGUCUCAACCUGCUUUCAUCUGUGGUAUAGUGCAUUGUGUCAUCAUGUUACCUCAAUAAAAUGCACAAUUUCCUUUUUUCA